CCCUUCUCUUUUCCCACCUGACCAAAAGCGCUUUUAAAGAAGGAUCAAUUUUCCUGGUUUCUAUUUCUGUGGUGAAGAGGAGGCAGCCAAUCAAAGGAGGAGCUGCUGCAACUGGCCGGCAGAAGCGAAGGCGCGUCCACAAUAGCCCGGAGGAUAAGAGGAUUGUGUAGUAGCGGGCGCACCUUACUUAACAGGUUGCCCGUGGGCGCCGCGCUGGACCUGCUGCUGGGUUCUCCGUUAGCCUCGGCCAGGAUGGCGGCCGUCGAUUGCGCAGAGGAGCCGCCUUCUUCUCUAGCACCAGAUAAGGUUCGAGCGGCGAUGCUGGGAGCCGCCGGGCUGCUACUGGCGUUGUGGUGGCUGUUGGGCCGCCGGACUCUGCAGCGCCUUCCCCCUGGCCCCAAGCCCUGGCCGCUGGUGGGCAACUUCGCCUUCGCCCUGCUGCCCAAGAGGCUGCAGGUCCACGGGGUCUUCCCGCCCCGCAAGAAAGAAGGGAACUGCGACCGAGCCGAAGAUGGAAGGCCGGCGCCGAUGCAUGUGCUGCUUACCGGGCUGGCUAAAAUGUACGGCAGCAUCUUCCGAAUGGACUUGGGCAGCCGCCACGUCAUUGUGCUUAGCGACUUCGAAGCUGUCCGGGAUGCGCUGGUCACUCAGGCCGAGGUCUUCAGCGACCGGCCCAGUAUGCCCAUCGUGGCCAUCCUCACCGAGAAGAAAGGUGUGGUGUUUGCGCCUUAUAAUCCAGUGUGGAAAAAACAAAGGAAGUUUUCCCACUCAACUCUCCGUCACUUUGGACUAGGAAAGCACAGUCUGGAGCCUAAAAUCAUUGAAGAAUUCAAGUAUGUGAAAGAAGAGAUCCUGAAACAUGGAGAAGAGCAAUUCAACCCUUUCCCUAUAAUUGGCAACGCAGUGUCCAAUGUGAUCUGCUCAAUGGCCUUUGGUAGGCGCUUUGAUUAUGAUGAUGCAGAGUUCAAGAACAUGCUAAACCUGAUGUCACGUGCACUGGAGUUCAGCCUGAAUAGUCAGGUACUGUUGGUCAACAUUUGCCCGUGGCUCUAUUAUCUUCCUUUUGGACCUUUCAGAGAAUUCAGGCAGAUUGUGCUGGAUAUCACAGCUUUCUUGAAAAACAUCAUUAAACAGCACAGGGAAAGCUUGGAUGCUCAGUAUCCCCGAGACUUCAUUGAUAUGUAUCUCCUGCAUUCAGAUGAGGAAAAGAAGAUCAAUGGGGAAAGUAGCUUUAAUGAAGACUACCUGUUCUUCAUUAUUGGAGACCUUUUUAUUGCAGGCACAGACACGACGUCCAACACAUUACUCUGGAGCCUUCUUUACAUGUCCCUUCACCAACAAGAGCAAAGAAAGGUUCAAGAAGAAAUUGAAUUGGUAAUUGGGUUCAACAGACCUCCCACCCUGGCUGAUAAGGCACACAUGCCCUUUACAGAAGCGACUAUUAUGGAAGUUCAAAGGAUGACAGUGGUUGUCCCUCUUUCUAUUCCUCGGAUGGCCUCAGAAACUACUGAGCUUCAGGGAUACAUUAUUCCAAAGGGAAGUGUAAUCAUUCCUAAUUUGUGGUCCGUGCACAGAGAUCCCAACAAAUGGGAGAACCCAAAUGAUUUUUGCCCGGCAAGAUUUCUGGAUGAGAACGGCCAGCUCCUCAAAAAAGAAACAUUUAUUCCUUUUGGAAUUGGCAAACGUGUGUGCAUGGGAGAACAGCUUGCCAAGAUGGAGCUUUUCUUGAUGUUUGUGAGUCUUUUGCAAAGUUUCACCUUUAUAUAUCCCGAGGACUUAAAGAAACCACCAAUGGAAGGAAGAUUUGGCCUGACGUUAGCUCCCUUUCCAUUUAAACUUAUUGCCUCAAAGAGAUGAGGAAACUUCCAAGAAAAAUGCUGCAUGAUGUUCACGUUACUAUAUGAAAUUCAGGGCUAUAGACGAAAUGUUCUUCACCAAAACCUAGUCAUUAGCCCAAACAGGCUAGGGAAUUUUCAGCCCAUGGGAUAUCCAAAAAUUAUCAAGCACUCUCUCCUCUGCUUGGGCUGUCCCCCACUUGAUAUGCUGAAACUCUUCAACUAUAGAAACAAACUGAGGUAUGUUGACCCCCCCCCAAGAGCUGCAGAGUAACAAGAGGAAAUUGGGGCAGCCACCCAUAGGGGGACCAUUGGUUGUUAAAUGCCUUUUUAUAGUAGAUAAAAAGCAAAGGAAAAUAUUGGAAAUCUAAGUUGCACACGACAAUAGACAAAAGCAAAAAAAAAAAAAAAAAGAUUCAGAAAGCACUUACGUAAUUGGAACUUUUAAAAAGAUAUAGUUAAAGAUGAGUAACGGGUUGUCUUAAAAACUUGAGCGGCAUUGUAAGCUGUCUUAAAACCAGAGUCUGUUGGGGAGGGGUGUGUGUCUUCUGUUGGAUAAGUCUGGCUUGUCUUCACUGUCAGCAGUAAAUCAAGAAAAAAAAAGCUGUCCUGCACACACAAUAAGUUCAAUCCUCGGUCGGACUCUUUUUACAUGCUCCAGGGAGACUGCUUUUAAAAAAAAGUGUAAAGCCUCAAACAAACAUAUACAUAGAUACGUUCAAUUAAAUGAAUGUUCCAUCCUUGUUUUAAUAAUGAAGGCAAAAUUUGCUUUUAAAACAUGAUGGAAAUGGCACUCCAUUUCUCCAUAUCUCCGAGGGGCAGGGGUGAUGCAGAAUGAUGUUAUUGAUUCUAAGGCACAGAUCUUCAAACUUGGCAACUUUAAGACUUGUGGACUUCAACUCCCAGAAUUCUCCAGCCAGCUAUGGGAAUUCUGGGAGUUGAAGUCCACAAGUCUUAAAGUUGCCAAGUUUGGGGACCCCUGUUCUAAGGGAUCAUUACUGUGCCCAAUUACUGUUCCUUUGUGCUAAUCAAGAAAAGCAAAACAGUGAAUGGACUUCCACAAUUCAAUUUUUAAUACAUAUUUAAUACAUAUUUAUUGAGAUUUAUCUCAUGGCAUGUUAUUGUUUGCUAAAAGGACAUUUUUGUUGGCACAACUUAAGUAAUUUCCCACUGUUCACAUGCUGAGUUUCUGGCAGAUUUCAGAAACUGCUGAGCUCAGCCUGAUUUAAUCAGCAAGCCAUAACAUCUGUGUUGAAAAUGUGUAAUACAUGGUGUAAAUGCCAUAGGAAGCAGCGCUGGACAAACUACUGCUUCAGGAAAGCAUAGGAAAUACAAUGAUAAAUGUCUUAAAAAUAGGAUUUUAUUGGGCAGAAGAUGUACUUGUCUUUAGCACCUUAAGUGCUCUGCCAUUUAUAUUGGAGAACAGUCUUGGCCAGUUAUAAUUGUGGUGCUGGCAUGAACUAUAAAUAAAAUAAUUUAAUUGACAAAUAUUUGAGCUUGAAUUUGGGGACAUAAAAUUUAAUUUAAAAAGGCCUUUAGAAAUGAAAGUUAGGAAGGAAUGCAACUCUUAUUCUAAUCUUAUUU